AUCGUGUACAUUCAUCUCGCGUGCCCUCCAUAUCACAAGGGUUGGUGCCGCGGCGCGCGCAGUUCAACAGGAACGUCGCGCGGGAAACGUUGCAUUUUAUUACUAUUAAAACAUUCGUGUACGAUAUCGACAUGACUACUUUAUUGAGAAAAAUGUGGAAGAACCAUUCGAAGCACAAAAAACUUUGUGAGGAGUGGGCGCUAGCGGAGUGCGAAGGCGAGGGCUGGUGGCGCGAGGCUCGCGACUCUAGCAGGGAGCAGAUGGACGUGCGCUAUGCGGGGGCGACGCCUGUAGAGCGGGCCGCUUCCGCCCCCGCUACCGCUAUUGCUGUGCGCGCGGCUUUAAACUCAGCCAAAUCUUCAAAUAAAAAACUACAGAGGGUCAAUCUGGACAUCAGCCCAAAAGGCAUCGUCGUUACCGACGCAGACUCACAAGAAAAUGUCAUGAGCGUCUCCAUUUACAGGAUUUCGUACUGUUCUGCGGACGCGGCGAACGCCCGUGUACUGGCGGUAGUGGAAGGCAAGAGUGGCAGCGGGGCGGGCGAGUCGCAUGUCGUGCACGUGUUUGUCUGCACGCGGAGGAAGCACGCGCGUGCGCUCGCGCUGUCACUGGCGCACGCGUUCAAUGAUGCGUUUCAGGAAUGGCAAUCAAAUCAGAGUAGUUCUUUCCAAUCGGACGGGAAACGAUCAGCACCUUGGGUUCAGUUUCAAGAAGAAUCGGACGAGGAAAUCGAUUCUGAAGACUGGCAGUCAUCACCCGCCCCGCUUGUCAGUUUUACUUGAACUCUACAUCAUUCAUUGUUAUUUGUAUAGGAGUCAAUAACGUAGCUAUAGUUUUAUUUUAAGUUUGUCGUAAGCUGUUGAAAGAUAAAUAAUUAUUGAUAAUUGUAAAAUUUUAAAUAUUGAGUAUCAAAUUAUGGUUACGCUGAGUGUAUGAAUUAAAAAUCAAUGAAUAUGGAAUGUCUUUGUGUCAACGUCAGUAAUCAAGAAGCAUUCAGUUUUGACUGUCGUACAUCUUGAAUGAUAAUAAUUGGAAAACGAGACCAUUUUAGACUUUUGAAUGUUUAAAAAAAAUAAAGGAUUUUUUAAAAAA